GCCUAUCAUAAGAUCGACUUCCCGAAGUGGCACCCGGAUCUAGAGACGUCCACCAUCUCCUCUCGAGCACCCCCCAACUCACCGCCCAAAAUGCAAUUCCUCACCACCCUCUCCACCCUCCUCCUGGCUCUCUCCACCCUCACCCUCUCCACACCAACUCCCAAUUCCCCUUCUGAUGCUGCCGCCGCCGACGUCGCACCCCGAAGCGCCAUUUUCCCCGGCUGCAUCCUCGGCCAAAUGAUCUGCGGCUGGUCUCUCAUAAACAACGGCGUCGAUCAAGCGCUACUCCGAGACUUCUUAUGCCAGGACAUGGGCCGUUGCGACGGAAACAGCGGGGAUAUCUGGAACACGCUGUGGCAGUGCGUGGCCGAUAACAAUGUGGUGGCGCAGUACAUACCAGGACAUGUGUGCGGCGGCGCGUACAGCUGCGUGAUUGAUAAGUUUAAUUGGGCGUAUACUUGUAAGGGGGGCAGCUGUUAGUAGAAGAGAGGGUCCUUGGCUGAUAGUGUUGUAGGGGGCGUACAUGCGCAUACUUGUAGAGGGUUUUCGAGGCAUUGGUGGGAGUGAUUGAUGGCGCUGGAGAGGGGGUUCUUAAUGAUGACUUGGCCCGGUAUUGCCUUUGGCAAAUCCGAC